AAGACUGGUUUGCGGUCAUCUACGGCUACGUACAUGCUGCUUCGAAGGAGGAUGUUGAUCGCUGGAGAGUAUUUUGUUUCAGUCACUUUAACGUUUUCGUUGUAUAUAAUUAUUCAAGCAUUUGCACAAGAAGCCAAAAUUUUGGUUGUUCCUCCUCGGUCCAUCUACCCUGGUGAAAACGUAUUUCUCGUUUGCAGCACUUCUGGUACUGUUCAACCAAGAGUUACGGGAUGGUUGAAAAAUGGCGUGCAACUUUCCAACGAUAUUAGUAAAAAUGUCAAGAUCACUCAACAUCUGCUUGAAAUACAGAUACUCGACAUUGAUCGAAACAACGAAGGAUUUUAUACGUGUACUACAGACACUGUAGUCAAUGGUCAAGUACUUAAUGCGUCCGUCCUUUUGCAAAUAGAAGACGGAGCAUCCAUUACAUUCUCUAAAAUCAGCAAUAUCUCUAUAGCCGUCGAGGGCGCGAUUGAUACACUGAAUUGCACGGGCAGUAACUUAAAAAUUAUCGCUUGGUUUCACAACGGUACUGCUCUAAGUCCACAAAGAUCUCGCAUGUUUACAUCUCCUCAGCUGAGAUCAGAGCUUCUAAUACCAGACGUAAAAUUUUCAGACUCUGGUCAGUACGUUUGUCAAGGAAUUCCUAGUUUUGGUCGGAAAGUACAAGACAGUGUUACACUAUACGUCUACAGCAAGCCUAAAGCCAAGGUGAGUCCGCAGAGACUUAUCAUAUCUGCCGAUCAAACAGCAGUGUCUACAUGCAACGCAACUGGAUCACCGCCUCCUGAAGUUCGUUGGUUUGCACAAAAGAAUGAUCAACAGUUGCUUGUCGCGAUUGGUUCUACUUUGAUCGUAAACGGCUUUAGCCUCUCUACUGUAAACGACUUUGUUUGCGAAGCUACAAACAAAGCUGGUGUAUCUGUUGCACAUCUCACCAUAGAAAUUAAAGAUGUUGUAUAUAAGGUAAACAUAACAGGUGACAAGCCCGGUCUCCUGCGAGAGACUUCCGUUAGUUUGCCUUGCAUUACGACUUCUGAGUCUAAAAUUGAAGAAUAUUACGAGCGUGGAGUAUUUUUUUGGAGGAAAGGCGACUUGACGCUCACUAAUAUUAUGCCACGGAUAAAAUUUAAGAAGACCAAUUUGACCGCGUCGUUGAUAAUAUCAGAACUCCAGUACUCUGAUUCGGGAGUUUACACUUGUACAGUAGUUCUUGACACAUCUGCAGAGUCCUGGUCUACUCGUAUUGUCGUUGUAGGUCCGCCGGCACCACCAUCGAAGGCUUGGAUCUCGGUAUCGUGUGGUGCUGGUUUCGAUAUGUUGUGGACAAAUUCAACAUUUGACGGGAACAGCUUUAUAACUGGAUAUAGAAUAACACUAAUAAAAUAUUAUGUCAAUUCUGGAAACAUCACUGUUAGAACGUUAGAAUUUCCAUCUUUGAGUUAUGUGUUUGUCGAAGAGCCGGAAAUCUGUAUGAACUGUUCUCUUCUGGGAGUAGAAAUUCAAAGUGUGAGUGACUACGGUCUCAGUACAAGUUUGUUCGUAAAUCAUGUAGCAAUAUCAGACAACGACGAAGAGGAUACAACAAAAGACAAGACACAACAAACUCACAGUUACUGUUCUGCACAUGUGCAAAAAUAUCCAGUUUUUCAACGUUUCCCUAAAUUUCAAAUUCCUUUGAAGGUUGAAGAUAGCUCUUGUGACACGGUUCAACUGACGUCUUCAAUUAAAAAAGCAGAAAUAAGUAUAUUUAAUCAGAAACAACUCCAAGGCAUCAACUUAACUAAUUCUAGCAUUACCGCAAGCGAAUCUAAAACUCAAUUUGUUUAUCGAGCAUCUGUUGGUGGCUUCUCUCUAUUGGAGGUUCUCUACAGAACUGAGCGUUUGCGAAACACUGUAUGGCAAGUACAUUCUGUUGCACUUCUGUCUUGCGCCCUAGAAGUCGAUCUCUCAAACAGCAAUUGCAGCUUUCUUUACUUGAAGAAUGAAGUAACACCGUGCUCGUUUAUUGAGAAAAACCCUAGUCAAGAAAAGAGUGAGAGUGGUUUUGAUAUUGCAGCUGUUGCUGUCGGUUGUAUAUGUUUUGUAUUAUGUAUUAUUAUCAUAAUUUGUGGCAGGAAGCGUUCUAAAGAUAUUGCUAACAAAGUAUCUUAAUUACAUUGUUGAUUUCAAUUUAAACAUGUUUUGUAACUAUUUUUGCUGAUAUUUGACAGCAAUUCUAUGUUUUUAUAAUAAAUAAAAAGUUGCAUAUUAAAUAUAAGUAACGAAAA